AAAGUAUCUUAACAUAAAUCGAGAAGUGUAGUCUAUACUUCACCUGAUGAUAGUGCUACAUACAUCGCAUAACAACAUAGAAAGGUAGGAUAAAAAUCUAAACGUUUCGGAUAAAAUAUAAAAUGACACACGGUUCCCAGUUAAAACCAGCGAAAAACAUGAUCGAAACUCUACGCAGCUCACCUCAGAUAAUUAGACGCAAGCUAUUUCCUGAAGUCGCAAACCCCAUUCAGAGUGGUUCAAGAGCCGUGUUCGAUUUAUUCUACUUGGGUCGUGAAGAAAUCACAACAUUACAACUAUCCCAUGCAAUCAAUGCAGUACGAGGAACAACAAUGGAACGGAAGAAAAGGAGAAGUUUAAAAUCGAAAAAGUGCAAAUUACGAAUUAACGAUUCGAUGAUUGCUAUUAGCACUGGUCCGGGCAACUGUGAAAAUGAAAUAAUAGAACUACAUAAGAUUGCGUAUUGUGCGUUGGACCAACGCUUUCCCUCCGUAGUUUUAAUAAUCGCACGCCAAUCAACGACAGAUAAAUUAUUUGUGCACAUGCUACUAUGUGGAAAAACCGAAGAGGCAGCGAAUGUUGUAAGGACAAUGGAAUUAACAUUCCAAGCCGCGUGGGAGAAACAUGUUCAAUUGGAAACUAACGACAAUGAAAACAAUAAAACGAACACGAAUGAAACAAUGACAAGGAGAAAACAUCUUAUUACUCUGGCUGCCAUCGGUAAUAACUCAGUGCUCAAGUCUUCUGUUGUAUGACGCGCGCAGUUCAGAACUGACCAAUCGAAUUAUCAAUUAAUGGAUGAUGUCAUAAGGUGCAGCUAAAUGAUUUGCUAAUCAUUUAAACAUUACGUAGAUGGUACGAACGUGAUCAGAUGGUGAGGGAGGCAAUAACACACAGAAAUUCGUAUUCCAUCUUACUUGUGUUUAACACUCUUGGCAAACGUUCCUGGCAUAUUAUAUAUACAUAGGCCCUAAUGGUCAAACAAUAAUUGAACAGCCUACUGUACACACAAAAUGAACAAUAAGUUGCGUGCCUCCGGUUUCCAUCGUGUAGGCCUGUAAAUAUAUAUUAGGUCUAGGUCAAAAAGCUAAUAGCAUAAUUAAUCGAAGCAUAACAGCAUGUUGUUUUAAUACAUGCCGAAACGAUCGAUACGAUUCAAGUGCUUGUGCUCUUGAUGAGUAAAUUAUGUAAAACCUUGAAACUUUUUUUUUCUCUGUUCAGAUAUAAAAUGUCGGCAAUCGCAGUGAUAGGCCAUUGUCCGAGCGCGAUUGUUACUGGUGGGUAUCGAACCACGGUGACUUUGGGUGCAUGCUUCCGGCCACCUUAUAUAGUAGGCCUAUAAAUGUAAUUUUUGUGCGGUAUUUUAUUGACAUGCUAAUAUAAUAGGGGCAUGAUGAAAUGUUGUCCACAUUGCAGCUUUUAUUACCAAAAUGAUUCCGAAACUGUAAACACUCAUUCCAUGAUUAUGAAUGGGCACACCCCCUCUUUAUAAGCCCCUAGUUUUAGGUGCUGUUUCAUACCUACUUGUAGGCCUACAGUAUACUGUUGCAGUUUAGGAGAUUCGCAUGUUUAUAAUUAGUGUAUAUUUGUAAAUAUUUAAAUUAUAAGCCAACUAAUGAUAACCUGCAUUGAUAUUUAUUUUUAAUUUUUUUUUUUACAAAUUUAUGUCUCGAACAGGGAUGUUAUGCAAAAGGUAAUUGAAAAAAAAUAUGAAAUGAAUUACCGUAUUAUGUGCUAAAAUAUCAGUAUUAUUCGACUCUGUAUUGAAAGUUUGAAUAAAGUUGUCUGUAAUCGUU